AUGUAUUGGGCGCCAAGCCCCGGACGCGUCGAGCUGUGCUUCGGUGCCAGGACUCUUGGCGGCGGCAGGCCUGGGCGAUGCGUGAUGCAGAACGUCGAGCUCCUCGAGGACAGGGCGCUCUUCACGGCCUGCUGCACUGACUGCGCACGACUGGUCUCUCAAGGUAUACCUCCGCGGCACUGGAGGGAUGGCAUGAUGGCGACAAUGAUGGUCGGCUCAACCGGCCUUCGAUUCGCCAUUGUGUGGUAUGCAUCACACUUGAACGACGCUGCGCUCAACAGAUGUUCACUUUUGCUCAGCGCCAGCUCACCAAUGGUCUUCAACGGCAAGCGCCGGCCCUCGGCCAAGCUUUGCACCUGA